AUGCGUCUAUUAAAUGUCUCAACUCUUCAGCUGAAAGAUUUCAUCGGGCAUGUCCCUCCAUACGCAAUUCUCAGUCACACCUGGACCGAAGAAGAGGUUCUAUACAGUGAUAUUGGCACCUUUACUGCUCAAUCAAAAAAAGGCUACCCCAAACUCGUUGGUUGUUGUAGUAAGGCAGCUCAGGAUGGCUUCGACUGGGUGUGGAUUGACACGUGCUGUAUCGACAAGUCCAGCAGCGCAGAGCUUUCCGAGGCGAUCAAUUCCAUGUAUAAGUGGUACCAAAAGGCGACCUCCUGUUAUGCUUAUUUGCAAGAUGUCACCACAGAAGCUUGUACCCUGGCGGACGUCUUUCAUAUCACAGAGUUCGGCAGAAGCAGGUGGUUCACCAGAGGUUGGACACUUCAGGAACUGAUCGCGCCUCAAAUCGUCGAGCUCUGUUCCAAAGAGUGGAUCGUAAUCGGUACCAAGAAGAGUCUCGCUUCAAGUAUAGAAAGUGUUACUGGCAUCCCAAUCACCGUGUUACGUGGUUCCCAUCCUUCGACAUACAAUGUCGCCGAGCGAAUGUCGUGGGCAUCGGCUCGAACUACAACCAGAGAGGAAGACCUGGCCUACUGUUUACUAGGUCUAUUCGACGUCAACAUGCCACUCCUCUAUGGCGAAGGAGCCAAGUCGUUCAUCCGACUUCAGGAGCAGAUUCUCCGACAAGAAGAGGACUAUAGCAUGUUUGCAUGGACUCUCCAGCAAGAUAACCCAAUUGCCGAUUCCGAAACCUCUUCUACCGGGUUUCUGGCCUGGUCGCCCGCGCAAUUCUCCAAGAAUGAUAUACAUGCUCAAGCUCCAAAGCACACGCAGGACCAGAAGAUGGUCGAUCAUGGUCAUGCCUUUCCUCCUCCUUCUGAACCCGAACUUGACGUGGAGAAGCAGAGCAUCGAAUAUCGAGUCCUGCACGAGAAGGACUACGGCCGCAUGUUUCGCGGCCAACGUAGCAUCGUUGCAAUGCAGUCGGUCCUCUCGAAUCCUCUCGAGUUCACAAGUCGCGGUCUACGUAUCAAUCUGCAUGUUCUAUUCCCUACAGAUCUUGACCUGGCCCGCAUUGCAUGGCUAUCGUACGAGACAGAGGACAGUCUUGUAUGCGUCCUGAUAGAACGUGACUAUGAGUCGGCGCGACGGCGGGUCUAUUGCAGAGUUAAAUCGUCUUCUCUUAUCGGUUUGCCCAAGACACUGCUCCCGUACUUUAGGCCUAUGGAACUCUUCAUUCGGCACAGUGGCUAUUUCACAGGCUCGAAUAACUUUGGCAUGGUUCCACCGUCUUCAAUGUUUUCGUCAAAGCAAUUGCAGAUCUUGACGCAAGUCUCGUCGACAACUACACGCUCCCUUGAUAUUGUCUUGACAUAUCCAAGUGACGACUGGAUGAAACGACAGACUCCGAUACAUGAGUCCCCAUUCAAGGCCCUCUGGGUUGUCUGUUCACAUGGCUCUCAAUCUUCACUAUUUCGUAUCGACAUCAUGAUAUCAACCGAAGAUGCUUCAUGUACUAUCCGAGAGCUUUCGCAGUCUGGCAGCGACAUCGACGAGUCUCGUAAGAACGCUUUCUUCCGUGCUUGUGUCCAGUACAAGAAAUCUUUUGUUGCACACACAGACCGUGCUGUCAAACGAUCUGCUAGAGUUUCAGAGACUGUGUUCUCAGCUGUUCUCCGGAAAAUGCCAAGUUCCCAUGAGGACCUUGUGACUUAUGAACUUCGUGUCGAUGCUUGGGAUGUGGGUGGCUGCCCCAGUUGGGUUCAAUUGAGUUUGUUGCAAGAACAUAAAGAAGUUGACGAGGUGAAGACUCCGUGA